AUGGUAGGGUUUAGGGUAUGUUUGCUUGAUGCAACAUACAAGACAACGAAGUAUGACAUUCCAUUAUUUUUCUUGGUAGUGAGAGCUAAUGAAUGCUAUUUAGUAGUUGGGAUAUUCUUCAUUCAAGUAGAAAACACUGCAUCAAUUAAAGAGGCUCUAGAUAUUUUCAAGGCGCAGAACCCGGAUUGGAAUCCAGUUUCAUGGGUUACAGAUUUCUCUGAGCCUGAGAUAUGGGCAAUUAAAGGAACAUUUCCAAUGUCAAGGGUUUAUCUUUGUUUAUUUCAUCGAAAGCAAGCCUGGCAAUGGUGGCUUAGCAAAAAGAACAAUUUAGACGUACCGGGAGAUAGUGAGCAAAUUCUGAAGCUGUGGGAAGAAAUUGUAGAGUCACCAUCUGAAGAACAAUUCUUAACUGCAAAACAAAACCUUCAAUCUCAUGAAUUAUUAACUAGAAAUUCUGGUGCACUUGAUUAUUUUAAUAAGCAAUGGCUUUCAGUAUCUGAAAGUUGGGUGAAGGCCUAUGAGGACAAGGAGAAUUUCUUCUCCAAUGUAACUACUACUAAUGGUGUUGAAUCACUAAAUAAGAGUGUGAAACAUUUUUUCUUAGACAUUCUGCAGAUAUAA